AUGAAGAAUUCAAUAUCAGAUCAAGCCUUUUUCAUCGAGAGUGAAGAUUAUGAGGAAGACAAGGACUCCAUUAGAGGUGAAGACGAUAGGAAUGAUUCAGAAAUUUCAAAUUAUUCUGACGAUAACCCUGAACAUCAAAGAAAACCUAGUUCCUUAAACCCAUCGUGGCCUCAAUGUUACAGGUUGGAGCUGAGAGAUUUGACAAAGAAUAUUCAUAUGGCAUACAUCACAAUUUUGGUAAAGAAGGAAAGAGAACGGAAUGUUAGCAAUGUUCAUGAAGCAUGCUUUGCCAAUGAAGAUGGUAGCUUACAUUAG